AUGAGUACGGUUCGGCUCUCCCCUCCCCUCCGCGACCUCCACCGCCUCCUCCUCGCGGGCCUCCUCCUGCUGGCACUCCCGACGCCCUUCUGGCCCUCGGCAGCGGGGCAGGAGGUGAAGGUGUUCAGCUUCCAGCGGGGCAUAUGGGGCGCCCCUUCUGACCAGGUGUUCGUCAGGUACAACUUCUCCAGGAACGCUCCCCCCGUGACGCAGCUCUCCCUGAGAGGAUUACAACCGGUGCCCCCAACCCCGGUGUCUCAGCAGGCCAACCCCUUUUGCACACUACAGUGGUUCGAGGCAUUCUCUAAAGGGUUCGACGUCCACGUGUCAUACAAGGCGAGCGAUGAUAACCUGGAUCCCUUCUAUUUCGGUAACACGGGAAGGUACUUUGACACCUGGUUCGCCAAUAAGGAGCAGAGCGGCGCCCCCCUGUGGGAUGUGUACCCUGAGGUGUGGCAUCACGUUUGCCACGUCUUCGCCAGGGACACCUAUACCCUCUACUGGGAAGGCCAGGCAGUGUUCAGCAGGGGCCUGGCGGAAGGGUGGCCAUGCCCCCUCAACGGGACGCUGGUGCUGGGGCAGGAGCAAGACAACCUGGGCGGCGGCUUUGACAAAUACCAGAUCUUCCGCGGGGACAUGACGCAGGUGUCUCUGUGGGGCCGCGUGCUGGUCCCGGCACAGGUGGAGGACCUCGCAGCCUGCAGGGACGCCGGCCGCGGGGACCGCUUCGCCUCGGACACCUUCCAGUUGGAGGUGGUGGGCGUGAAGGUGUCGCGGCUCAACCUCUCCAGCCUGUGUCAGAGCAGUCAGCACAACGUGGUGUUCCCGGAGGAGCGGCCGCUGGAGGACGCCCGCCGCUUUUGCCGCCGUCUCAACGCCAGCCUGGCCGUGCCCGCCUCGGCCGGCGACAACCAGGCUCUGGCAGAGCAGCUGCAGGCCUUCCAGGACGUGUGCGUGCCCACCGCGACCUGGAAGCUGUGGCUCGGCAUCACCGACGAGAGGGAGGACGGCGUCUGGCUCACGUUCCACAACAACGAGGAGGUGUCUUACCACAAUUUUGCGCCGCUGAACGCCGGCUCGUCGUACGCGUGCGCCGCCAUGAAACUCGACGGGUUCUGGGACGGUGACCGGUGCAUCAACAAGCGGUGCGCCGCGUGCCGCGUGGCCCGGGCCAGCUUCCUGUACCUGCGAGGCCUCUGCUUCGAAAGCAGACUCCGCAUGCGAUUCAGGGUGGACAGAAACAUGCACGGCCGCCCGUACUUCCGCAGCUACUACGACCACGUCAUUCUGUGGGACGAGGAGACCAAGCAGUGGCUGCUGGUGGACACGACCACCAACGCCACGCUGCUGGCCACGGAGGGCGUGCCUGAGGGCGGCUACCCAGUGGGUAAACACUUGUGGGCAGCGCGGCGCGGGGUGUGUGACCAGGGCCGCGGCGCCGUGCUGCUACUAAGUCUGGCGCCUUGCGAGGACCACCACUUUACCUGCAACACGGGGGAAUGCAUUGUGAGGGACCUGCGCUGCGACUUCCGGUACGACUGCAAGGACGGCAGCGACGAGGUGGCGUGCAGCGUGGUGGAACUCAAGGACAAGCUGCAGAAGGAGCUGCCGCCCACAGGACCCAGCGAGGGGCCCCUCACCGUGGCGCCCUCCCUCACCCUCUCCCGCAUCGCCGACGUGGACGACAUCGCCAUGGCCGUCACGCUGGAGUUCCACCUCACGCUGCGCUGGACGGACACGCGGCUGAGGCUGCGGCACCUCAGACCGCGCAAGAACGGCACCAUUCUGACGGACGGCGACGCGCAGCGGGUGUGGCAGCCGCGCUACACCCUCACCAACCUGGAGGGCGGCACGCAGCAGCGGCUCGGACAGUCCCUCUUGGUGAUUGGCAGCAACGGCGCCGCGCUGCCCCAGUACAACAGCGUGGACAUGGACCUGGUGUACCCCGGGGCGAACAACAGCAUGUCCCUCCGGCAGCGGUACAUGGCUCGCGUCACCUGUUACUUCGAACUCUACGGCUACCCCUUCGACAUACAGCUGUGCAGCAUCGACCUCGAACUUCCCUCUGAGCUGGACGACUACGUGAAUUUUGUGGUGGGGGAUGAAGACGCUGCCAGCUACACGGGGCCGUACGAGCUGUCCAAGUACACGGUGGAAGCCAUACGGUUCAGCAAGUCGUCUGGGGGUCGUCGCUUGAGUCUUGAGUUCGAGUUACACCGGCGGCAGGGUAUCGUUGUGUUCUCUAACUUCUUGCCGUCCGCCAUGCUGCUGGUGGUGAGCUGGGCGACCCUGUUCGUGCGUCUGGAGGCCAUCAACGUGCGCUGCAUCAUGUCCCUCACCACCCUCCUCGUCCUCUACACGCUCUUCGCCAACAUGUCCCAGUCGCUGCCGUCCACAGCCGCCAUCAAACUCAUCGACAUCUGGUUCUUCUUCAUCAUCUUCGUCCUCUUCAUCAACAUCAUGAUUCACGUAUUCGUUGAUGAUAAGCCACUAACACCGCCACCACCACAGCCACCACCACUAACACCCCCCUCCCCCACUCACCCACCCCCACCACUAGAAGACCAGCUCUUCACUAAGGUCGCCGCCCUCGAAGUGGUGCCCGUGCCAUCAGAGUCCCCUUCCCUCAAGUUCCUCAGAAGGUACCGCACCGUGUACCUGCCCUCGGCGGUGGUGAUCUUCAACAUAUACUUCUGGGUGGCGGUGGUCCUCAGCAGAAAAUAGACAGACUGGGCAAAAUUCGCCCCUCACACUAGUAAAGCGUAUAAGUACAGGGUAUACUCAUGCCUUCCAUGGACUACAGACCCAACAGUACUUUCUAGGAACACUACAGGGAGGAACUGGACGGGAGGCGGUGGCCGAAGGUUAGCUAAUGGGUGUAAUGAGCGCAGAUCCUGAGCUUGUUAUACUCUCGGCCGACGAUUUUAUAGCCACCGCUGAGUGACCGAAAAUCACGCACGUGCCACCCAUCAGCUGUCAAUGGGAGCAUCGGAAGGCAGCAUAAGACACGAAGAGAACAAAUAUCACAAUAAAAAUGCCCGUCCGUGCCACAGAUGUCUACAAUAUAUCCUUCGGGUGCAAUAGGACUGGUAAAUGAAACCGUUAAAAAUAUAUAAAAAUCUUUUCAAGCUGCACAUAAGCUCUAUACUAAAAGAAACAGAAGCAAUGCAUAAGGUAACCAUCAGACCUUUGCACGGGGUAUAAAAGUUAGAAGCAUCAGCCCCACCAGGAACACGAGACCCUAGGAGGCUGUGUCGGCUUUCCAAGGGACUCAACAAAUAGACAACAACUUAUUACCAAGGCACAAGGCGACUACAUAACCUUUCCCAAGGACACUCGACACAGCCAUUUACCGAGGCACAGAGGCUUUGUAGGCUUGGCAAGAUAAAAAUAGAAGAUAAAACCCCCAGCCCUGGACUAAGACAAAAAGAGGCGUUAUAUACAGGCUUUCCAAGGAGGUACAAAAGGAACUAUCAUCAGCAAUAUACUUAAAACACCACCACGAGAGUAUUGCCACCUUCCUUCCCGUGUAUUAACCUGCGCGUGUAAAUCGUACAACUCGUCCAAAUACAAUAGAUGAAGUCUCACACCAGUGUUUCCAAGAAGUUCCGUGAUGUUUACCUGACGUAUAUUACCUGCUGCUGCUGUUUCAUUAUACCUCCUCAUAAACACAGGCAAGAAAAAUAACUGACGAGGAGAUGAUUUGUACACACCAUGUUAAGUAAAUAAAGUUUCAUAUCCAAAGGCAAAUAUAA